AUCGCGGAAAGGUUAGUCUGUUCCAGCAAAUCGCAGUGCUUGUUCCUUUCCGUGUUGGCUGGAAGUUUUGUUUUACCAUAAUGGCAACCGUCGUAGAAGUAUUUCUGUUUGAUUUGUGAAAAUGUCAGUGAAUUUAGUUUGAUCGUAGGAAUAUUCUUGUGUCAGAGGAACCAUAGGUUCCACCUGAACUAAUCUGCAAUCAUUGGCGUGCUAGUGUGAUAUUAGAUAAUGGGAAAGCAGAACAGUAAACUCAAGCCAGAAGUACUUGAAGAUCUUAGGCAAAACACAGAGUUUUCAGAUGCUGAGAUACAAGAGUGGUAUAAAGGUUUCUUGAAAGACUGCCCCAGUGGCCACCUCAGUGUGGACGAGUUCAAGAAAAUAUACGGAAACUUCUUUCCCUACGGCGACGCUUCUAAGUUUGCCGAACAUGUGUUCCGGACGUUCGAUGCCAACGGAGACGGUACCAUCGACUUCCGGGAGUUCCUGUGUGCAUUGUCCGUGACGUCCCGUGGCAAACUGGAGCAGAAGCUCAAGUGGGCCUUCAGCAUGUACGACCUGGACGGCAAUGGCUACAUCUCACGACAAGAGAUGCUCGAGAUCGUUACCGCAAUUUACAAGAUGGUGGGUUCAGUCAUGAAAAUGCCCGAAGACGAAUCCACCCCAGAGAAGAGAACGGACAAGAUUUUCCGACAAAUGGACAAGAACCAGGACGGAAAGUUGUCUCUGGAAGAGUUCAUAGAAGGAGCCAAAAGCGACCCAUCCAUCGUUAGGUUGCUACAGUGCGACCCUCAGGCCCAAUAAUCAACAUUAUCAUAUUAAUACAAACGUACAAAUUAAUUUAUUAAACUAAAUAGUUUGUUCGACUUAAAUUGAAAAGCACGAUCGGUUACAAUCACAUUGGAUCGGUUCUGAAGAUAAGAAAAACGUCAAAGACGAGAGAAUCUGCAUUUCAAGAGCAAUCUCAUGUGAAAUUUCUCACUUAAAAAUGUUUUUAUGUAAAUUUGUAAAAUAAAGUAAAAAUAUUUUUUUCUAAGUAGUGGAGAAUAGUUUGGUGGUCAUAUCUCAGUCUUCCUCAGAAGGACGUCGGGAUGUAAUGUGGUUGUAGCGUAGCUUCGCUCAUAUCAGGAUAGACUUUCCACGAUUCGUGCGCAUUUUGUCAGUUUUGUGUUAUUAAUUGUAUAAUAUCCGAUUUCGUUUGUUGUUUUGAGUGCUAUGUACAUUGUUUAGAGUUAAUGUAGUGCUAUUUUUUAACGAAGAUAUCCUAUGAGUUAGAGUUUUGUAACGAGGGUGUUACGUCAAUUACAGUUCAAGUUGACUGUUUGUAUCUAGACUCGUUCGUGCCCGGGUGCUAUCACGUUUGUUUCAGUGCUUCAGCGAAUCAGUUAAAUUGGUGUUUCUAUUAACUAAGAGUAUUUCAUAGGCUUUUCAUUGUAGUAUAGAUCUGUUGUCGAGGGAGAUUUAUUUUCUGUUAUACAUUAUUUAAUAGUGUUUUUGUUUUAAAAUGUUCUUAUAUUUACUAAUCCAAAUAAUUAUACUUUUGUAACUUC